AUGUCUGGGGCCGAGCUCCCCUCCCCGCGGUGCCUUCGCCCCUCCGGGCCGCCAAUAAACUGUUACAGCCACUGGAGUCUGUGCGACUGCAUCCGGCGGAAGGGAGUCCUGGAUCCGCCCCCCUGGGCGGAGCUUGCAGCGGCGGAGCAAGUCGGGCUCGCCCGCGCCUUUUGGAAGGCUCGGAAGUCGCUGUCUUCUUGUGGCGUCCCUCCUGCCUCGUGCUUCGGUUCCCCCCAGAAAAGACCGGGAACCCGGGAUUUGCCCCGCCUCGGUGACGGCUGCCCCACUGACGCCCUGGAGCUGCUGAAAGACGUGCACCUGGGCCUGGCUCUGCCCUGCCAAGGUCCCGCCCGCCUGGCCCUCCUCUCGGGCCACUACCUUUACUAUCACUACGGCUGCGACGGACUGGAUGACCGCGGCUGGGGAUGCGGCUACCGCACCCUGCAGACUCUGUGCUCCUGGCCGGAGGGCCAGUCCUCAGGCGUGCCUGGGCUGGCAGCCAUACAGGCUGCCCUGGAGGACAUGGGCGACAAGCCCCCCGGGUUCCGGGACUCUCGGAACUGGAUCGGCUGUGUAGAGGCCAGCCUCUGCCUCGAACACUUUGGAGGACCUCAGGGACGCCUGUGCCACGUGCCCCGUGGAGCCGGACUUCUGGGAGAACUGGAGCGGCUUUAUUCCCACUUCACGGAGGGCGGCGGUCCAGUCAUGGUGGGAGGGGAUGCAGAUGCUCAGUCCAAAGCCUUGCUGGGAGUCUGCGAGGGGCCAGGUAUGGACACCUACGUACUGAUACUCGACCCACACUACUGGGGCACUCCGAAGAACCAUAGUGAACUGCAAGCUGCUGGGUGGGUGGGCUGGCGAAAGGUAAGCAGCGUCUUUGAUUCCAAUUCCUUCUACAACCUGUGCUUGACCAGACGCACCUGAUCAGCGCACCCUGCCUGCACUGCGGGACAGGCACCCAUUACUUCUCACAGGUGCCCAGCAGACAAGUCUUUUCCAGCACUAAAAGUCUGGGACAGGGACAAUGACACAGGCAGGUGGAUCUGAGUUGAAAGCCAGCCUGGAGUUCUAGGCUAGGCAGGGCUACAGAGAAAGACACUGUUCUCAAUAAUAAAGUGGCAUAAUUCA